AUGCACAACUCUUCUUUCGACAUCCCAAAUCAGCAGGGAGCCCGAGAACAUUCUGAAGAACCAAACCUCGAGACUGGAGAAGGCCCUGAGGUGGGAGAACUUGGCCUUGAGGCAGGAGAGUUGGGCCUUGAGGCAGGAGAAUUUGACUGUGAGGCUGAAAACACAAACAUUCCAACUCCAGUCCUAAAUCCCAAGGAGACCUACCAAGAUUAUCACUUAGAGCUCAAUGGGCAAAUCUGCGAUGAACAUGGUCAGUUCAUCCACCCAGAUGCUCCACCACCUCCAUUCACAUCAAGAGAGCAUGGUGACUGGACACCAUUUUGUGAUUGCACAGAGUUUGAAACCAUGGAGUUUUUAUAUAUGAAAAAUCAAAUGUCUGGCAGUGAUAUUGACAAGCUUAUAGACACCCCACCAUUCGCUGACCACAAAGACUUGUAUUCAACCAUCAAUGCAAUACCCCUUGGAGAAGUUGCGUGGGAGAGCUUCACAAUGAAGUUUAAUGGAGAAGGCUCAGACGAGAUGGAGUAUGUGCCUUAUCGUGAAUGGAAGGGAGAGGGAGGUAACACAAAAUGGCAGUGGCACAAUGUCAUAUCGGGAGACUGGGCAUGGAAUCAAGCUGAUGAAAUUGCCAAAGAUCCAGCAACACAUGGUUCAACUUUUGUACCCAUCCUUCUUGGAAGCGACAAGACAAUGGUCUCGGUCGCAACCAGACAAAAUGAUUAUUAUCCACUCUAUGCAUCAAUUGGCAAUGUGAAGAAUAAUGUUCACCACACUCAUCGCAAUGCUGUUGCUGUUGUUGGCUUUUUAGCCAUACCAAAGACCAUAAAACAAUAUUCUGAGGAUGCGCAAUUUAGAAAAUUUAAGAAACAAUUAUUUCAUUCAUCUCUCUCACGAAUAUUGUGGUCUUUCAAGACCUUCAUGACUGUUCCUGAGGUCAUGCACUUUGGGGAUGGUCACUUUCAAUGUGUCAUUUAUGGCUUAGGACCAUACAUCAUGGAUUAUCCAGAACAGGUCAUACUUUCUUGUAUCAUAUCAAAUUGGUGUGCUAAAUGUUUUGCUUUGCCAGCAGAUCUAGAUGGCAAAGAUGCCCAACUUCAUGCUCAAAUAGUCACAAAUGUCCUUUGUGAUAAUGUCAACUUCAGUAUGCUGUGGUAUCAGUGGGGUGUUGAUGCUGAUGUCGUACCAUUUACAAACAAUUAUCCACACACUGACAUUCACAAACUUCUGUCCCCCAAUAUCCUGCAUCAACUUAUCAAGGGUAUGUUCAAAGACCACCUUGUUGUCUGGGUCGAGAAGUACUUAGAAUGCAUACACAGAAAAACUCAUGCUAAGGUGGUAAUGGAUGACAUAGAUAGAAGAAUUGCUGCAGCACCAUCAUUUGCAGGCCUUUGCCAGUUUCCUCAAGGCCAUGGAUUCACUCAAUGGACUGGCAACAAUUCAAAGGCCUUAAUGAAGGUCUACUUGCCUGCAAUUGAGGCACAUGUCCCCAAUGACAUUGAUAUUAUCAUGGAGAACAUGCUUGAGGAAAUCAAGGAGGCCCUUGACUGGUUUCACUGUUAUUGCAAGAUUUUUCAAGAGACCGGUGUUCAUUUUGACGGAUUCUCACUACCACAUCAGCAUUCCCUGAUGCAUUAUGUUAUGCUUAUCCACAUGUUUGGUGCACCAAAUGGUGUGUGUUCAUCCAUAACAGAGUCAAAACACAUCAAGGCCAUUAAAGAACCAUGGCAACAAUCAAGUAAAUUUAACGCACUCGGACAGAUGUUACUAACAAACCAGCACCUUGAUAAACUUGCUGCUGCACAUACAGACUUCAUGGCAUGUGGAAUGUUAGGUCCACAUCCUGUGGACGACAGUGGUGAGGCAGAUGAGAGGAGCAAGGAAGAUGAAAGUGAUGAGGAAGAUGAUGGUGCAGUGGAGGGAGCCCAAGUGCAAUCAUGCACCAUUCAUGCACUGGCAGAAGAACUCAAUGAUGAACAUACGUCUGACACUAUCCCGCUUAGUGCUUGCCCCAGAUUUGAAGGCCACAUCAAGGUCUUUGGCUCUGCAGUAUCUACUUUCUUUGCACUGAGUGAUCCCAGUGGUAUUGGGGGAAUGCGACAUGAACAUAUCCAUUCUGUCCCUUCAUCAGCAAACCAGGGGGUACCUGUACAGACUGUACAGACUUGUACAAGAUGCUAUGACACUGUAUUUGUGAACACUGGAAGUGAGGAUGGAAUACAUGGUAUGGAAGUUGUCCAUGUGCUAUGUUUUUUUUCCUUCCAUUAUGGCUGUGAUUUAGAGACUUUUCCGUGUGCUCUGGUACACUGGUUUAAGCUUGUCUCUGAUGAGCCCAAUCCUGGAAAUGGAAUGUGGAUGGUCAAGCCAUCCUUUCUUGACUUAGAGCUCAACACUCAGGAGCUCUCAAUCAUUCAUGUUGACACAAUCGUUUGUGCAGCUCACUUGCUACCCAUCUUUGGUGAGGAAUUUGUCCCAGAGAAAGCCACAUUCCAUGAGACUCUAGAUACUUACUGCGGGUUCUAUGUUAACAAAUUUGCAGAUCAUCAUUCUUUUGAAAUAGCAUCUUGA